AUGAAGGCUGUGAUGUCGCUGGCGGGAAGCCAAGGUGUUGUCUCAGCCUCAGAGGUCCUCCUCGUGGCUGCCGUCUUCUGCCUGGUCUUCCUGCUCAUGCAAUCCUUCCAGCAGCACAUCCCCAAGGGGCUGAAGAGCCCCCCAGGACCCAGAGGUUACCCCAUCCUUGGCAACGUGCUAGAGCUGAGGAAAGACACGCACCUGGCCCUGACCAGGCUGAGCCAGAAGUAUGGGGAUGUGAUGGAGGUCAGGAUUGGCACCCGGCCCGUUGUGGUGCUGAGCGGGCUGGACACCAUCAGGCAAGCCCUGGUGAAGCAAGGAGAAGACUUCAUGGGGCGCCCUGACCUCUACAGCUUCCAAUACAUUGCAGAUGGGCAAAGCCUGACCUUCAGCCCUGACUCGGGAGAGGUGUGGAAAGCCCGCAGAAAGCUGGCCCAGAACGCCCUGAAGACCUUCUCCAUUGCUCCCAGCCCCACCUCCUCUUCCACCUGCCUCCUGGAGGAGCAUGUCUCUAAGGAGGCUGACUACCUGGUCACCAAGUUCCUGCAGCUGAAGAAGAGCUUUGACCCUUACCGGUACCUGGUGGUCUCUGUGGCCAAUGUCAUCUGUGCCAUCUGCUUUGGCAAGCGUUACGACCACAAUGACCAGGAGCUGCUCAAUAUAGUGAACCUCAGCCAUGAAUUUGCAGACGUGGCUGCUGCUGGCAACCCUGCUGACUUUAUCCCAGUGCUCCGGUAUCUUCCCAGCCGCGCCAUGAAGUUAUUCAUAGCUUUCAACAAACGAUUCCUCCAUUUCCUGCAGAAGAUUGUCAAAGAGCACUAUGAGACCUAUGACAAGAACAACAUCCGAGAUAUCACCGACUCGCUCAUUGAGCAGUGCCUGGAGAAAAACGUGGGAGCAAAUACUGCCACACAGAUCCCUAAGGAGAAGAUCGUCAACCUUGUGAAUGACCUCUUUGGUGCAGGUUUCGACACCGUGACCACUGGCCUGUCCUGGAGCCUCAUGUAUCUCGUGACGUACCCCAAUAUCCAGAAGAAGAUCCAGGAGGAACUAGACCAGACCAUCGGCCGGGAGAGGAGGCCGAGGUUGUCGGAUCGAGGCAAUCUGCCCUACACAGAAGCCUUUAUACUGGAGAUGUUCAGGCACUCUUCCUUCCUUCCCUUCACCAUCCCGCACAGCACAACCCGGGACACAGUCCUGAAUGGCUACCACAUCCCAAAGGACCGCUGCGUGUUUAUCAACCAGUGGCAAGUCAAUCAUGACGAGAAACUGUGGAAGGAUCCACUGACCUUCAACCCGGAGCGUUUCCUCACUGACGAAGGGACUCAAGUGAAUAAAGCGGAUGGGGAGAAAGUGGUGAUUUUCGGCCUGGGGAAAAGGAAGUGCAUUGGGGAACACAUUGCCAGGUGGCAGAUCUUCCUUUUCCUCUCCACCUUGCUCCAGCAGCUGGAGUUCAGUGUCUGCGAUGGUAAGAAGGUGGACAUGACGCCCAUUUAUGGACUGUCCCUGAAGCACAAGAGAUGUGAGCACUUCCAGGUCAAGCAGCGCUUCCCCAUGAAGAGCAUCAACUGA